AUGCCCUCACGGACAAGGCGACAGCUCACCGCGAGCGUUAUGAUUCCCGGGAACUCUUUCACUGGGCCAGGAUGUCGCCUACGGCCCGUGCGGACAACGGGCCGGCUCCGGGAGGCGCGGACCCCCUCGUCCGUUACCGCCAGCGGCGGCCGCGGCAGGUGCAACGGCGACGUCCCCGCCCCGCCGCUGGCGCCCACCGGCUCGCGCGUGCGCAGUUACGCCUGCUGGCUGGUGCUCCGCGGGGCCCUGCCCUACGCAUGCGCGCACGCCCCCGCCGGGCCGUUUGCGCAUGCUCUGUCGCGACUGGCUCUGCCCACUGGGAGGUGGUGCGUCCGGAGCUGCGGCUGUCUCCGCUGCCGCCGCCGCCGCCGGCGGGUUUGUGCGCGCGGGGGGAUGUCGGGCCGCGCGCCGCGGCAGGAGGAGGGGGAGAGCGCGAAGCUGCGGCAGAAGGAGGAGCUGAGCCGCAGGAUUAAAGAGCAGAAGGUUGUAGUUGAUGAGCUUUCUAAUUUGAAGAAGAACAGGAAAGUUUAUAGGCAGCAACCCAACAGCAACAUAUUCUUCCUUGUAGACCGAACCGAAACACUGUCUCAAUGCAAAAAUACAUUAGAUGAAUUAAAGAAGGCACAUCAGGAGAUGGAAAAUUCAGAAAAAACUAAAAUCAAGAAAUAGUCCAUCUGAAUUCAAAGUCACAAUGUG